AUGCCGCUUCUAGCUUCUGGGGCCGAUCGUCCCGCUAAACCAGACAUCACCGUCAAGGGUUUGGAUUACAAGUUUCCGGAUGGCUCCUUAGGACUCCAAGGCAUCAACCUUGAUCUGCCUGCUGGUAGCCGAACGUUACUGAUUGGCGCCAACGGAGCUGGCAAGACCACUCUGCUCCGCUUGUUAUCUGGGAAAAAACUUGCUCCCUCUGAGACAAUUCGAAUUGCAGGGGCCGACCCUUUCUCUGCUGGUCUGGAGGGCGUUACAUAUCUCGGAUUGGAAUGGGUUCUGAAUCCAAUAGUACGCACCGACAUCGCCGUACCUCUCCUUUUGGACUCGGUGGGCGGUAAGCAUUAUUCAGAACGCCGGGACGAACUCGUGAGGAUCCUCGACAUUGACCUACGAUGGCGCAUGCAUGCUGUCAGUGAUGGCGAGAGACGGAGAGUUCAACUGGCCAUGGGCCUGAUACGACCUUGGGAUGUCCUACUAUUGGAUGAAAUCACUGUUGACCUGGACCUACUGAGUCGGAGCAACUUUCUCAACUGGCUAAGGUCAGAGACAGAAAGCAGAAAUGCCACAAUUGUCUACGCUACACACAUCCUCGACAAUCUAGUUGGUUGGCCCACACAUCUCGCGCACAUGCAUCUGGGCAAGGUCAAGGAAUGGGGCCCCAUGGCGAAAUACGAUGCAGAGACAGAUUCGUAUAACAACAGUGGCAACAGCAAGCUAGGUGAGCUCGUGUUGAAAUGGCUGAAGGAAGAUCUAGCCGAGCGUGGUCCACGAGACCGAACUGGGCAAGAGAAAACAUAUGAAAAUCUGGAAGGGAAAGGAGGAUAUGGCCAAGAGACAAGAGACUGA